AUGCCAAUAAGACCAGAUCUCCAGCAGUUGGAAAAAUGCAUUGAUGAUGCUUUAAGAAAAAAUGAUUUCAAACCUUUAAAAACACUUUUACAAAUUGGUGUUUGUGAAGAUGUAAAGAUUAAAUGCAGCAAGCAAUUUUUACACAAGUUGGAUGACCUUGUAUGCAGGGAGCUUAAUAAAAAGGACAUCCAAACUGUUUCAACCAUUUUUGUUUCUUUUGGAAGAUGUGGUAAAAAUAUCAGUAUAUUGGGGCAAGCCGGACUUUUAACUAUGAUAAAACAAGGACUAGUCCAGAAGAUGGUUGCCUGGUUUGAAAAAUCCAAGGAGAUUAUUCUCAGUCGAGGAAAUUCAAAAGAUGAGGCAGCUAUAAAUAUGAUAGAAGACUUACUUGAUCUUUUGAUGGUCAUACAUGACAUCAAUGAUGAAGGUAAAAGGCAAGUAGCGGAAAAUUUUAUACCUCAAAUCUGUGUCCUGGUUAUUGACUCAAGAGUGAAUAUUUGUAUUCAGCAAGAGGCUCUAAAAAAAAUGAAUGUUAUGCUUGACAGAAUGCCUCAAGACGCCAGAACAAUACUCUCUGACCAAGAAAUGUUUAUUCUCAUGAGUAGUAUGGGAGAAAGGAUUUUAGAUGCUGGAGAUUAUGAUUUACAAGUAGGUAUCGUAGAAGCACUGUGUAGAAUGACUUCAGAAAAACAAAGACAGGAACUUUCAUGUCAGUGGUUUUCAAUGGAUUUUAUUGCUAAUGCAUUUAAAGGAAUUAAAGACUCUGAAUUUGAAACAGAUUGCAGAGUAUUUCUCAACCUUGUAAAUGGCAUGCUUGGAGACAAGAGAAGGGUCUUUACAUUUCCUUGUUUAUCAGCAUUUCUUGAUAAACAUGAGUUGAAAAUACCUUCAGAUGAAAAACUUGAGGAAUUUUGGAUAGAUUUUAAUCUUGGGAGCCAGGCUGUAUCAUUCUACGUUGCUGGAGAUAAUGACGAUCAUCAAUGGGAAGCAGUGACUGUGCCUGAGGAAAGAGUACAAAUAUACAGCAUUGAAGUGAGAGAAUCGAAGAAGCUCCUGACCAUAAUCUUGAAAAAUACAGUAAAAAUUAGUAAAAGAGAAGGGAAAAAAUUGCUUCUGUAUUUUGAUGCAUCAUUGGAAAUUGCUAGUGUGACACAAAAAAUUUUGGGUGCAAAUAAAUACAGGGAAUUUACCAGAAAACAAGGUAUUUCCGUUGCCAAAACAUCCGUGCAUAUAAUUUUUGAUGCAAGUGGAUCACAGAUUCUGGUGCCAGAAAGUCAAAUCUCACCCAUGGAAGAGGAAAUCAUUAGUUUGAAGGAAAAACCUAACUCCCAAAAGGAAUUCGCUAAACCUCCAAAAUGUAUCAAAAACAGCAAUCAAGGGGACAGAAAGAAUAGUCAGCUUGGGAUAAUUACUCCUAGCAAAAGAAAAAUGUCUGAAGCAUCAAUGAUUAUUCCUGGUGCAGAUAGAUACACUGUGAGAAGCCCAAUACUUUUAAUCAACACAUCAACACCACGAAGAGGAAGAGUUAAACCACCGCUGCACAUGAUGAGUUCUGCAGAAAAACCUGAUAUUCCUAAAACAUCCGAAAGUGGGGUGGAUAAUGCUGAAUCACUUACAUCCAGACCAUCUGAAGAAAGAAAGAGCAGAGAUAAUACAGACAAACAUAUCAAAACUGCUAAAGCUGUAGAGAAGACGGAAAACAAGGACACUGAAUUCCUAAACCAAAAUUUUAAUAAACUGCAGGAUGCUGUUCCUGAUUCACAGACAGUGGGAAAAAAAGAUAAACCUGUGUUAUCUGGUGUGUUGGACAACGUCUGUGGGAAUAAAAUGAACUCCAAAUGGUCAUGUUGGACCCCUGUAGCAAGUAUUAAUCUAUGUAACAACAAAAGAGCAAGUACUUCAUCGGGAGAUACAUUCAAUCAAGGUGUUAUUGUCAAAAAACUUACUAAACAGAAAUCAUCCUCUUCAACAUCUGGUGAUAAUUGUGAAGACACAGAAAAGGUGCCGCAUAAGAAAGAAACAACGCAGCGUAGCGAAAUAGAUAAAGUGGAAGUAGGAGUUUGCAAAAGAGACAGUCAGCAACAACUAAAUCAUCCGAAACGUUCAGAGCUGAAAAACACUGAAAAUACCAAGCAGAGUGAUUGGCGUAUUGAAUCUGAAACUACUUUCAAAUCCGUUCUCUUAAAUAAGACCGUUGAGGAAUCUCUGAUCUAUAGGAAGAAGUACAUAUUGUCAAAAGACGUGAAUACCGCUAUUUGUGAUAAAAGCCCUUCUCCUAGAAAAAAUGUGAAAAGUCACAGAAGAUCAGGGAAAAGAUUAACGUCUGAACUUAAUUCCUGGGAUCUGAAACAAAAACAAAUGAGGGAAAAGUCAAAAGAGAAAGGAUUUACCGAUGCAACAGAAUCCUUGAUAAACCAACUCAAUAAGAGAUAUAAGCCCAAGGAUGACAUAAAGUCUACAAGAAAAUUCAAAGAGUCUUUGAUUGAUGGUGGUUUUUCAGACAAAUCUGAUCUACAGCUCAGUAAGGAAAAAGUUCAGAAAAAAAGUUAUAGGCAACUGAAGACUACUUUUGUUAAUGUUACUUCUGAAUGCCCACUGAAUGAUGUUUACAAUUUUAACUUGAAUGGCGCUGAUGAGCCUAUUAUAAAACUUGGAAUCCAGGAGUUUCAAGCUGCAGCUACAGAAGCCUGUGUGGAUAAUUCAAUAACAUUGUUAGGUUUGAGGAAUCAUGAUGAACUUGAAUCUUCUCUCAAAACAAAAGAUAAAAAAAUUGUAGCAAAUCAUAAAAAGAAAAAUCUCUUUAGUGAUACUGACACAGAAUACAGAUGUGAUGACAGCAAGACCGAUGUUAGCUGGCUGAAGGAACCAAAAUCAAAACCACAGCUGAUAGACUAUAGCAGAAAUAAAAAUGUGAAGAAACAGAAAAGUGGCAAAUCAAGACCAUCGUUGGAAAGGGGACAACCAAGAUCUAAAAUGACACCCAACAAAAACACCACCAAAAAGGUAGAGGAGACCGUUCCAGAUGGGAGAACCAGACUUCCACGAAGAGCGGCAAAAACCAAAAAAAAUUACAAAGAUCUCUCAAAUUCAGAAUCAGAGAGUGAACAAGAAUUUUCACAUUCAUUUAAAGAGAAAUUGCUAGAAAAGGAGGAAAAUAUCCAUUCCAGAAGCAAAACCAUAAAGCUGCCAAAGAAACAGAAGAAAGCCUUCUCUGCCGAAUCACAGAAGGAUAUAUCAAAAGAAUGGAAAAAUUCAUCUCUACUAAAAGAUGCUGUAAGAGAUAAUAGCCGUGGCUUAUCUCCUGUAUCUUUAUCUGGGAGCCCAUCAUCUAUAGAGGUCAUGAGAUGUAUAGAGAAAAUAACAGAGAAGGAUUUUACUCAGGAUUAUGACUGUAUAACAAAAUCCAUAUCACCUUAUCUGAAAACUUCAUCACCUGAAUCUUUAAACAGUAAAUAUAGAGUCGGAGGUCCAAUAAAGUCACCUAAAAACAGUGACAAAAAUGUAUGUGCACGAGAACAUUGCUCACCAAUUCCACGAUCCUUCUUGUUGCCCAGGCAUACUCCAAUUUAUAAUACUGUUGUGCAUAGAAAAAAUAUAAGUUCCGUGGUGCUUACAUAAGAAACACAUAAUUUUCCACCAGCUAUUCAGAUGGAAACACAGUUUGGGAAAAAACAGUAUAUCAAAGGAAAUCAUUCCACAUCUCCACUAUCUAUGUCUAGUGAAGGAAGAGAGCAAAUACGGUGCGACAUUCCUUGUGACUCUACUCAUGUAUCAGGCCCCACACAGCAUUUUAGUCGCAAACGAAUGUACAUAGAAGAAGAUAAUCUAAGUAAUGCUGAUGUAGUAGAAGAGGAGGAGGAAGGGAGAGUAUACUUGCUUCCCAAAAAACUAUCCAGAACUGAAGACACAGAUAAUCACACUUAUAAAGUAUCUGAAAGUAUAUCUCCGUUAUCAACAAAUGACUUGUCUCUUCCUGCGGAGAGCUGGGAAAGUGAAAUUUCAGGUGUGGGGAUGAUGUGUGAGAAGCUCAAUACAGAAUUUAGGAGGAAAUUUCAUAUCCGCCAAAAAAUGAUGGAUUAUUUUGCAAAGCAGUCUUGGAAAACAGCUCAACAACAUCUGACCAACAUGAACCAUCAGAUUCAGGAGUACAGGAUCAAAAAACUCGAUAAAUUCCAAUUCAUCAUCAUAGAGGAGCUGGAGAAUUUUGAAAAAGAUUCACAGUCUUUAAAAGAUUUGGAGAAGGAAUUUGUGGAAUUGGGAGAGAAGAUAUUUCAGAAGUACAGUGCCUAUCAAAAAAGUGAGCUGCAGAGGCUUCACCACUUGAAAGCGUCACUGGACAAAAAUGUCUUCUACAACACUGAUUACGAAGACGCUAUUUUUACAUCUGAGAUGUGCUCAAUGAAGGAGGACAUGAAGGUGCUGCAGGAACAGCUUCUGAAGGACACGGUGGAAGAGGAGCUUCUCAACGUACGCAGAGGACUGAUGUCAUUAUUCAUGGCUCAUGAAAGAAACGUUCAUGUGUGA